UUUACCAGCCAUCCACCACACAUAAUAAAGCACAAAGCUGAUAGAAGUCGCUAAAAAGGGGGUCUGUCUGACAGCAGCACACAGCCUAAAUAAACUUAUAGCCGACGCUCAAACAGAAAGAAGAAACUUACUUUGGUUCGGGCUACUUAUGUAACGUUCAUUUGAAAUGGCAUGCGUUGUGUUUCUGUGCGUGAUGAAGCAUUCAGAUAGGCCACUUAUGCAUACUGAGAAUACCUGCUGCUCGGGCCGUGGUCCACUGCUGGGGGGGAUACAGGCCUGUGACCACAGUUGAUGCUGUAUUCUAUGGUUAUAGUGGCCAAAUAGUCGACUGAACCCUCUAAUUGCAUGACUUUGACAUAUUUUGGAUCAUUAAAAAAAAAAAGUACACGAGCUGACAACGAACACCACUUCACAGAAACUCGAUCGAACAGAUGUUUGCAAUUUCCAUACUAUAUAUAUAAUUGUUUAAACCAAAGGUCACCUAAAAUGUAAUUCCCUGUUUGCUUGCAAAUUUGUUUUUCUCUGUGUCUUCCAGAAUGAUAGUAUGGCUGUUCCAUCUAGAUUUUCUUCUUCUUCAAAACUCCCUUCGGCCAAACGAUUUGAAUUGGCAUAUUUACUCUGAAGUGCUCGCGCUGUUAUCCUGUGGCUAGAGCUCCAUGGGCGAGGCCUGUUACUGGAAGCCCUGUGUAUUUCCACUUCGGAUAUGACAGGCUCUGCCGGUCUGGAGCUGGCUGAUAAGAUGCCGUCCUCUCCCCAUCACAGGCUCUCUCACAGUCCUGCAUCACCUUUUGCCCCGUCGUCACACCCCAUGGCUCCACCCAGCCCGAGCAACCACAGCAGCAGCAGCAGCACUGCAGGCUGGGACCAGCUCAGCAAAACGAACCUCUACAUCCGAGGCCUGUCCCCUUCAACCACAGACCAUGACCUGGUCAAGCUCUGUCAGCCGUAUGGCAAAAUUGUAUCAACAAAGGCCAUCCUGGACAAGACUACAAACAAAUGUAAAGGAUAUGGCUUUGUGGACUUUGACAGCCCCGCCGCUGCUCAGAAAGCUGUGGCCGCCCUGAAGACCACUGGUGUCCAAGCUCAAAUGGCGAAGCAACAAGAGCAAGACCCGACAAACUUGUACAUCUCCAACUUGCCUAUGUCUAUGGACGAGCAGGAACUGGAGAACAUGUUAAAGCACUUCGGCCAGGUCAUAUCCACACGCAUCUUGAGGGACUCCAGCGGAGGCAGCAGAGGAGUGGGCUUUGCAAGGAUGGAGUCAACUGAAAAAUGCGAUGCAGUCAUUUCUCACUUCAAUGGAAAGUUUAUUAAGACACCUGCAGGUGUUCCAGCGCCAUCUGAACCUUUGCUGUGCAAGUUCGCUGAUGGUGGACAGAAAAAGCGACAAAGUCAAAAUAAAUUUACCCUGAAUGGUCGCGGUUGGGGACGCGACAGUGACAACAGACUGGCCGGAAUGACACUCACAUAUGACCCCAGUGCAGCUGCUAUGCAAAAUGGAUUUUUCCCACCAGCAUACAGUAUCUCCAACAGGAUGCUCGCUCAAGCAUCCAUGUCUCCUUACAUGUCUCCGCUUUCAACAUACCAGGUGCAGAACCCAUCCUGGAUGGCCCAUCAACCCUACAUCAUGCAGCACCCAGUAAGAACAAAAUCUCUCCUCAUCAUCACUGUCUUCCUCACAACUCUAUCUUCCCUUUUUUCUCUUUAAUCCAAACAUUUCCCUCUGUGGUUGUAACAGAAGUGAAACAUUUCUCUGUAAACAGACAGACACAAUAUGGGAGAGUAGUAGUUACACAUAAGGUGACGCUGAUCCUUGAGAAUUUACAGUACUAAAGUGUUUUGUAUAGGAAAGUAAAAACGACUGCUUCGGAGAGGCUAUGUGAAGCUGUGUAUUUGAUGACAGAUGUCGAAUAUUUUUUUUUAUCACGGAUGGGUUUGAACUGCGAGAGAAGACUCCUUUCUUACUUUGAAAGGGAGCCAGCAUAGAUGAGAAAACACUGCUAGAUGCAUCAGGCCAGCCAAGAUGCUCAUAGACAACUUGCUCAGCUUGUUACAUUUCACCUUCUGGUGUGGGCAUUAGAUGUGAAGUCUGAGAUUACUGUUACUCUUUGCCUGAAAUCCAAUCCUGCAAAAAAAAAAGCACAUUAACGCAUAUACAUCCCAGAUAUUCUGCAUACUUUACGUGACAUUCUAUCAUCUUUAAUCUAUAUGUUUUUUGA